UUCCUGAAGCGGAACCGGCGGUUUCCGGAAGCCGGCAGCCGCCCUAGGAUUCAGGUCAGCGCUUGCUACAGCAGAGUCUGUCGCACUGUCCUGCGGUUCCCGGUGUUUGGUCCUUGCCUGUAACGGUGGGAGAAGAAGAUGGCCCUGCUAUGCUAUAAUCGGGGCUGCGGCCAGCGCUUCGACCCCGAGAACAAUUCGGAUGAUGCUUGCACAUAUCACCCAGGUGUUCCAGUCUUUCAUGAUGCAUUAAAGGGUUGGUCUUGCUGUAAGAGAAGAACUACUGAUUUUUCUGAUUUCUUAAGCAUUGUGGGCUGUACAAAAGGUAGACAUAAUAGUGAGAAGCCACCUGAGCCGGUCAAGCCUGAAGUCAAGACUACUGAAAAGAAAGAACUAUCUGAAUUGAAACCCAAAUUUCAGGAGCACAUAAUUCAAGCCCCUAAACCAGUAGAAGCGAUAAAAAGGCCAAGCCCAGAUGAACCCAUGACAAAUUUGGAAUUAAAAAUAUCUGCCUCCCUAAAACAAGCACUUGAUAAACUUAAACUAUCAUCUGGGAAUGAAGAAGAUAAGAAAGAAGAUGACAGUGAUGAAAUUAAGAUUGGGACCUCAUGUAAAAAUGGAGGGUGUUCAAAGACAUAUCAGGGUCUACAGAGUCUAGAAGACGUUUGUGUAUAUCAUUCUGGAGUACCUAUUUUCCAUGAGGGGAUGAAAUAUUGGAGCUGUUGUAGAAGGAAAACCUCUGACUUUAAUACGUUCUUAGCCCAAGAAGGCUGUACAACAGGGAAACACGUGUGGACUAAAAAGGAUGCUGGGAAAAAAGUUGUUCCAUGUAGACAUGACUGGCAUCAGACUGGAGGUGAAGUCACCAUUUCAGUAUAUGCUAAAAAUUCACUUCCAGAACUUAGUCGAGUAGAAGCUAAUAGUACAUUGUUAAAUGUACACAUUGUAUUUGAAGGAGAGAAGGAAUUUCAUCAAAAUGUCAAAUUAUGGGGUGUGAUUGAUGUAAAACGAAGCUAUGUAACUAUGACUGCAACAAAGAUUGAGAUCACCAUGAGAAAAGCUGAACCUAUGCAGUGGGCAAGCCUUGAACUACCUACAACCAAAAAGCAGGAAAAACAAAAAGAAGAUAUUACAGAUUGAGGUCGGGGGAGGGCUGUUGCCUAUUUCAGAAUUCUGAAUGUGUGGUAAAGUGGUGGCUUGCUGCUGUAACUUUUUGUUGUUGAAUCAGGCAUUUCAGGGUCAUAUUAGAUAUUUGUUUUUAAAAGCCAAAGUCAAUUUAUCUUUUUGUGUUGCCAUAUUUUGCGUUCCAUAAGAUUGAUUAUUCGUAUCUUCUCAUUGGUAGAACCAUAGUUAUGUCCCUUACUUGAAGAAGCUGGAAAAUAGCUCGAGUGUAAUUGCAGUAUUUCUUAGUGUAUUAUUAUUUUGUUAAACAAAUAAAUAAUAAGGGACAUUUGUUUUUUAUACUUCUGUUAUCCCAUAAUUAUUAAAGCAAGAUGAAAAUGUCAAUUUUUUAAUCAGUUUUGUUUUGUUUGUUUUUUUCCCCUCUUUGUGGACCUUUUGUUCCUAUAAUACUUGAAAAUCUUCAAGGAAGAAAUGAAGUUCUGCAUUGUUUUUGUUUGUUUUUAUUUUCCAUGUGGGACAGUCACUUUUUCCAAGAGGACUAUCCUAGGUAAAGUGGGGGCAAAAUAUAUGCACUGACCAACAAAUUACAAUUUAUUCACGGUUAAUUUAAUUUUAAAAUUACAUCAUUAUCUAUAUUACUUGCCAAACAAGUAUGACUUAAGAGUAAAGGAAACAAGACUGGAGAGAGAUCAAUUUGGUUAAAAUUCACUAUUUUUAUAAGACUUAAGCAAUAAUGUUAAAAAUCUUUCUCCUGAUUAAGGGUCUUUAUAUGAUGUUAUGACUAAAUGGUACCUGAUUUUCAGUCUAAACCCUCUUAAAACCUUCAGUUACCUAUAAAAAAAAAAAAAAUCUAUAUCUGGCCUUAUUGAUAGAAAAAUACCUAAAAUUGUAUCUUAAAAGUUUGUGGAAAUACAAUAGAAAAUGAGAAAACUAAAUACAUAAACUUUGCUUUAUGCCUACUAUUACAUGUUAAAUAAAAUAGCUUAAUUCUA